CCUGGGAGUCCCUCCGGAACGAGCAAACGCAUUCGCCUUGUUUCUGUACACCGGGAGAUCAGCAAUAGAGAUGACUGGAGCCGCCGUGUCCGUGUGUCUACUUUACGUCCUGUCUGUCUGUUCAGCCUGCUACAUCUCCAACUGUCCCAUCGGGGGCAAGAGGUCCAUAAUGGACGCUCCACAGCGCAAGUGCAUGUCUUGUGGACCAGGGGACCAGGGCCGCUGCUUUGGCCCCAGUAUCUGCUGUGGGGAGGAUGUGGGCUGCUGGAUGGGCUCUCCGGAGACGGCACAUUGCAUGGAGGAGAACUACCUGCCCACCCCCUGCCAGGCGGGAGGGAGACCCUGUGGAUCUGAUACAGCACGCUGCGCCGCACCGGGUGUCUGCUGUGACUCAGAGGGCUGCAGUGCGGACCAAUCUUGUCUCGCUGAGGAGGAAGGCGACAAUCAAAUCGGCCAAUCAGAGGGCAGCGACUCUGCAGACGUCAUCCUCAGGCUCCUGCACUUGGCUGACCACACGCCUCCUCAUAGAGUCCACCAAUGAGCUGCAAGUGAGACCAGGGUUCCAUGGGGGUCACUUGAGAGAUUGGUUGAUAGGAUUUGUAGUUCAAAGUUACCUAGAUGUAGUUCAUAGUUCACCCACCUAUUUACUGACCUCCUUCUUCAGUAUAUUGGCAACCUCACUAGAUGGGAUCUAGCUAAGAAUUUAUCUCUGUGUUUGACAUGUAAUGUAUAUCAAAACACAGCAGUUAAAUUCUUAGCUAGGACCCUGAGCACUCCUCUGUAGAUUGCCUUUAUAUUGCAUACUUAAAUAUUGUAGCUAUAUACUGUAUGUACAGAAAUAGCUGUAAUAAUUAUUACACGUGUAAAGAGUCCAAAUGUGUAUGUUAAUAAAGCUUGU